UUAAGUUAUUUAUUUAUUUUUCCCGCCCGGCGGCGCGGUCAGUUUUGAGGAAAUGGUCUCUUGCUGAAUGAAGGUCCGUUUCCGCUACUUGUUUCUCCAGGACUGAAAUAAUAAUUAAUUUUUUUCGGCACGUUCCUUCCGGCUGUGUACAAACACCUGGCGGAGUCGUGUCCACUGUCCUUCGAACCUCGCGAUAAGGGAAAGGCCCGGUUACGCCCAGGGGCGUAUAUAUAACAUAGACAUCGAGCACGAGGGCCAAAGUACUCUUCUUGCCUCCCCAGCAGCGGACAACACAAGCCACCAGCAGCUAUGAUCGCGAAGAUCUUUGUUUUGGCGGCACUGGCAGUCUCGCAGUCUGCCGCGUUCCUGCCAGGCUGCGGGUGCGGUCUGGCGGGUCCUCUCGGAGGCGGCUGGGGGUACCCGGGUGUCCCGGGGUACCCGGGUUACCUGGGCGGACUGUACGGAGGUUACGGCGGCUCCGCCGGUUCCUCGGCGUCGUCCUCGCCCGGCGCGGCCUCGUCUUCGGCGGCAGCCGCCGCAGCUGCCGGGAUCUCCGCUCCCUUGGGCGGGGGCUACGGGGGUCUCUCCGGAGGGUACGGCGGUUGCGGUUAUCCGGGAUACCUCGGUGGGCUGUACGGAGGAGCCGGUGUGACUGGAGGCUCGUCGUCAUCUUCAUCGUCGUCGGCAACCUCCAGUAGUGCCUCCACCGGUGGUUCUGGAGGCGCUUCGAGUGCUUCGUCUUCCGCGGCUGCUUCCGGAAGCUCCGGAAUUUCUCCUGGGAUUGGUUCUGGAACUGGAGGCUAUGUUGGCGGUUAUGGAGGACUUGGUGGUUAUGGCGGUCUGAGUGGGUAUGGAGGUCUUGGUGGAUAUGGUGGUCUUGGUGGAUAUGGAGGUAUUGGUGGUUUUGGAGGACUUGGUGGGUAUGGAGGUAGUGGCUUUGGAGGUAUUGGUGGAAUUGGAGGAUUUGGUGGAUAUGGAGGUCUUGGUGGAUAUGGAGGUCUUGGUGGUUUUGGAGGACUUGGUGGGUAUGGAGGUAGUGGCUUUGGAGGUAUUGGUGGAAUUGGAGGAUUUGGUGGAUAUGGAGGUCUUGGUGGAUAUGGUGGUCUUGCGUGGAGCUCGAGAGCAAUGCGCCGGCUGUCCUCGACAAAUAUAAAUACCUCCGGCGAGGACUAA